UUAUGCAUUUGUGCCUAUUCAUAGUUUCUGUAAGUUUUGUACCGGAAAAAAUAAACAGAACAGAAGUAAUUGAAACCAGGAAGAGGGGACUAAACUCUAAUGUUGAACCAAUAACCAAUAUUAAACCGGAUAAUCAAUGGCCUACAUUAAAUCGAAUUAAACCGGAUAAUAAAGCUAAUCAAUCAUAAACCGGAAAUAAAGCUAAUUUAUGGCUAACAGACAAACAUAAACCGAAUUAAACCGGAUAAUCCAUGGUCUACAUUAGGAGACAGUCUCUGGAAGUUGCUGAUACGGCGAGGUUCUUGCCGGUAAACAUGAAGAGUGACUUCCUCACUUCCACAACUCACCUCCACCCGAUACUUCUUCCCAAAAUACCCUCAAGAAAGUCAAGAACAACGAUAAAGUGCUCAUCUUCCCCCGGAGUCCGACCCGACCCGUGGUCACUCAGCGACGGCAACCCGGAGAGACCAAAGCCGAGAUACGAGAGGCCGAAACACCCGUUAUCCGACGACGACGCGAGGAGAAUCAUAAAGAAGAAAGCACAGUACCUCAGCGCGUUGAGAAGGAACCAAGGCUCUCACGCCAUGACUCCCAAGUGGAUCAAGCGCACCCCUGAGCAGAUGGUUCAGUAUCUGGAGGAUGAUAGAAACGGUCAGAUGUACGGGAAGCACGUGGUGGCUGCGAUCAAGAAAGUGAGAGGCUUGUCUCAGAGGAGAGAAGAAGGUAGUGGAGCUGAUAUGAGGGUGGUGAUGGGUAGCUUCGUCGCCAAGCUGACUUUUAGAGAUAUGUGUGUUGUUCUGAAAGAGCAGAGAGGGUGGAAACAAGUCAGAGACUUCUUCGCUUGGAUGAAACUUCAGUUAAGCUACCGUCCAAGUGUAGUUGUCUACACGAUUGUUCUUCGUCUCUACGGACAAGUCGGGAAGAUAAAGCUAGCCGAGGAAACGUUUCUUGAAAUGCUCGAAGUGGGAUGUGAACCAGACGCAGUAGCUUGCGGUACAAUGCUGUGUACAUACGCCAGAUGGGGACGCCACAACGCUAUGUUAACGUUCUACAAAGCUGUUCGAGAAAGGCGAAUCUUGCUCUCUACUUCCGUCUACAAUUUCAUGCUCUCUUCUCUUCAGAAGAAGUCGCUUCAUGAUAAAGUAAUAGACCUAUGGCUAGAGAUGGUCGAGGAAGGUGUGCCGCCGACCGAGUUCACCUAUACGUUAGUUGUGAGCUCAUACGCCAAACAAGGCUUCAACGAGGAUGCGUUGCAGGCUUUUGGUGAGAUGAAGAGCUUAGGUUUUGUCCCUGAGGAAGUAACUUACAGUUCAGUUAUUAGCUUGUGUGUGAAGGCUGGUGAUUGGGAUGAGGCCGUUAGAUUGUACGAGGAUAUGAGAUCUAAAGGAAUCACUCCGAGUAACUAUACAUGUGCUUCUAUGUUGAGUUUAUAUUACAAAACUGAGGAUUAUCCGAAAGCGCUUGCUCUCUUUGCAGACAUGGAGAGGUUUAAAAUACCAGCUGAUGAGGUCAUCCGCGGGCUGAUCAUCAGAAUCUACGGGAAGCUUGGACUCUUCCAUGAUGCAGAGACGAUAUUUGAAGAGACUAAACGCCUGAACAUACUCUCUGAUGAGAAAACGUAUCUAGCAAUGUCUCAGGUUCAUUUGAAUUCGGGAAACGUUGCCAAAGCGUUAGAUGUGAUUGAGAUGAUGAAGACGAGAGACAUUCCCAUUUCUAGAUUUGCAUAUAUCGUCAUGUUACAGUGUUACGCUAAGAUACAGAAUGUAGACUCUGCUGAGGAUGCGUUUCGAGGUUUAUCGAAGACUGGACUACUUCCUGAUGCCAGUUCUUGUAACGACAUGCUCAGUUUGUAUACUAGACUCAGUUUAGGAGAGAAGGCUAAGAGUUUUAUCAAGCAGAUUGUAGCUGAUCAAGUGCAGUUUGAUAUAGAGCUUUACAAGACGGUUAUGAGAGUGUAUUGCAAGGAGGGAAUGGUAGCUGAAGCUCAAGAGCUGGUUGAGAAAAUGGGUAGAGAGGCUGUGGUUAAGGAUAACAGAUUUGUACAAACACUUGCAGAAGCUAUGCAUAGUGAAAGAGUUAAGGAUAAACACGAAGCAGUUAUAAACGUGAGUCGACUUGAUGUCACAGCUCUUGGAAUGGUCCUCAACUUGCGACUGAAAGAAGAAAACGUGAAUGAGACUAAAGCAAUCUUGAAUCUAAUGUUCAAGACUGAUCUUGGUUCAGCAGCUGUGAAUCGAGUUAUAAGUAGCUUUGUGAGAGAAGGUGAUGUAUCUAAAGCAGAAGUACUUGCGGAUUUGAUUAUCAGACUAGGACUAAGUAUAGAGGAGGAGACAACUGCGGCUUUGAUCGCUGUUUAUGGGAGGCAACAUAAGCUUAAAGAGGCGAAACGGCUUUACCUUGCAGCAGGAGAGUCUAAAAUUCAGGGGAAGUCAGUUGUGAACUCAAUGAUUGAUGCUUAUGUUAGAUGUGGCUGGCUUGAAGCUGCGUAUGGACUCUUCAUGGAAUCAGCAGAAAAGGGCUGUGACCCUAGUGCUGUUACCAUCAGCAUACUUGUGAAUGCCUUAACAAACCGAGGGAAACACAGAGAAGCAGAAGAUGUAUCACAGACCUGCCUUGAGAAAAACAUGGAGCUUGACACCGUGGGAUAUAAUACACUUAUCAAGGCAAUGCUAGAAGCAGGUAAACUUAAAUGUGCAUCUGAAAUUUAUGAGAGGAUGUGCAACUCAGGUGUUUCUUGUUCGAUUCAGACCUACAACACAAUGAUCAGUGUGUACGGACGGGGUCUGCAGGUUGACAAAGCAGUUGAGGUUUUUAACAGUGCUCGCCGGUCUGCAUUGUAUUUAGACGAGAAAAUAUACUCAAAUAUUAUUAUGCACUAUGGGAAGGCUGGGAAGAUGAGUGAGGCAUUGGCGUUGUUCAGUGAAAUGCAGAAGAAAGGGAUUAAACCUGGAACGACUAGUUACAACAUGCUGGUGAAAAUAUGUGCAGCCAGAGGACUCCAUCAUGAGGUUGAUAAACUUUUGCAAGCAAUGGAGAGAAAUGGCCACUUUACCGACAACUCAUCCACAUACCUCUCAUUGAUUCAAGCCUACGCCGAGAGUUCACAGUACAAAGAAGCAGAGAAAAUGAUAGCUCUCAUGCAAGAGAAAAGCAUUUCACUAUCUCAAAGCCAUUUCAGUCCAUUACUCUAUGCUUUUGUCAAAGCUGGAAUGAUUGAUGAGGCGGAAAGGAUCUACUGCAAGAUGUCGGAAGCUGGUAUAAGUCCAGACAGCGCUUGCAGGCGCGCGAUCCUAAAGGGAUACAUGAACUGUGGUGAAGUAGAGAAGGGGAUAUUGUUGUAUGAGAAAAUGAUGAGAAACUCUGUGGAAGAUGACAGACUUGUUAUUAGAGUUGUCCAAGAUCUGUAUAAAGCUAUAGCAAAAACUCGAAGGAAGAUAUGGGUGCUGCUUUAUUUCUUAGCAACAUGUGCUGUUCUUGUUCCUACGCCAUUGAUCGAGUUCAGAUAUUACACCAUUCUGUUUUAUAUCUUUAUGCUUCAUUCCUGUGUCGGAAGCAGCGGUUACACAACUUGGCUUCUCACUAGAACGAUUUUUGUGUGUAUCAAUGUGUUUACAAUGGCUAUGUUCUUGUUUAGACCAUUCAAGUGGAGCCAUGUUCUUGUUUAGACCAUUCAAGUGGAGCCAUGAGGAUGGUGUCCAAAGGUUUAGUUGGUAGGGACAAAGGUUUAUGUUCUUUUGCUGUAAUUAGUUACUAGUAGGUCCCUCGGAAACUGGCGAGUUUAUAACAUUUUCUGUCGAUAUAAAAACAUCAGUUUUGAGGUUUCUGUUACAGCGGUCUGGGUUAGAUUCGGGUUCAAACUACUUGAAAUGCCGUUGCUGAAAUGUUGUGUUUCUUUCUUAUUUUGAAUUUAGGCUUUGCACAAAAAAUAAAACUUACAUUAUGUUAAAUGAGCUUGUGAUAAUAGAAAUAUUUGAAGCACAAUAUGUACUUCAAUAUUUAAUUUUAUAUUUAUUUUGAUAUAAUAUCUACAAUAAGAAUUUAAGCUUUAAAUAAGUAUCUUAUAUAUCUAAUUUUAUAUAAAUAAAUAUAUACUAGGCGUUUUCCUGUAAUGUGCAUUAAUAAAUUUUCUCAAUUUAAAUUAUAUUUAAAAUAUUAUUUUAAUGUUGUAAUUUUUAUUAUUUUUUAUCAAUAUUUUAAUAUAAAUUUAAUUUAAUUAAACAUAAAAAUUAAUAUAAAAAUAAUUUUGUUAUUUUAAAUUAUGUUUGAUAAUAUAUGUGUAUAUAAAUAAAAGUAUAAUCUGAGGUUUAAACCAAUGUUGGAACACACAAUUCAUCACAUCAUUAAAUAUAAACCAAAGUUUACUAUAUAGUUUUUAUUUGCAAAAUGACGACGUGAUAGUAGCACUAGUGGCUAGGGUUGUGCCUCCUCCUUUUGUCCUUCAGAUCAGCUGGAGUGCGUGUUCGAUGGAACACAGUUUCUCCCCUUUUAAGAAUCUUCUUCCAUGGAAUGUUUCUCUUUGGUUCUGUUGCAAAUAUCUCUACUCCUACCUAAGUCAAUAACACAACACAUAUGUAUCAACAAAAUACUUAUGAGACAUAACCAAAACAUAUUAGGGUUCAAUUUAGUAUAUACCUUGAGCAUCUCUUCUUCUCCGGGAGUCCAAAGUACUCUCCUCUGACUCUGGUUAAAAAAAGAAACUGACAGAUCCAACCACUCCGACUCAUGGUGUUUUGAGAGCAUUUGCAAAUGGUUAAAACAUCAAAUUACUUUUGACACUGGAAAGUUGGAGGAAGCAAAGAAGAAAUCUAAUAAAUUUCGUUUGAAGAAAAAUGAAAUACCAUCAAGGAAGUUCCAUGCUCUUAACUUAGUUCUUCUAUUUGGCUCUGCAGACCAGUGCACUGCUCUUGCACAAAAAAAACAUGGAAAGGAAUAUCACGACGUUAGCAAACAAUGCAGACAGAUUUACCAUCAAGCGUAGGGUGUGAAGAGAACAUGAUUUUGGACCUUCUCAUUCUCAAUGUCACAACUUUUUUUGUUUAGGACAAGAUUUGAGGUUUUGAUAGAUGAUGCUGAUAAGUGAAGCAUGCUGCUCAAAACUUUGGCGCAUAUUCAAUGUGAAACCAUGCAGUGAAAAAUUGUAAAUUAAAAGAAAUGAUCAUCUAUUUUUACUACCAGCCAUAAUUGAGGUGUGCUGCCUAAACACAGCUACAUAAUCUAAUGAACAACGCAUAGUACUUACAUGUAUUAAAGGAGAAAAGAAAGCAAAAUUUUGGAGACCCUCAUCCAUAACUAAAGAUACGAUUUUUAAACUUUGAAACUCAGAUGUUAAGACUUCAACUUCUGAUGCAACAUUCAUCAGAGACAGAGAGUUAAAAUACUCUUGCGUAGUAGCAAGUAAAAUCAAUAAGGCAAUGGUGAAAUCGUUGACAACAAUGAUAAUUUGCCUUGAAAUUGUCAGCUAAUUGGGAUGAAUUUAAAGUGGAAACCAACAUUAAGCACAUGAUUGACUUCAGACUCCUUGGAAACAAGUUGUUCGCGAGCAAUCAGGGCCUCUUCUAGAGCAUCAUGAAUCUCUUCUUGAAUCUAUAAAUUUCAUACAACAGAAAAGGUUUUCAAACACGCAACUUAGUAUCAGAGCAAGACUAGAAAGCUGACUGUGGCUGAACGAAAGCAGCUUUACCUACAAAUGGGAGUCCCGGAGAGAGCGGUUUAUUAAACAAUUAUGCAGACUACAGAGAAAAGGCUUGCAAGGGAUCUUCAACAUGGUGCAAGUAAAUCUGGCCAGACGUGGAUCUUCAUAGGACGGCUCGGGUGAUGCAGUUAGGCGUAGGUCUUCAUAAGGCAGGUAGUAUUGUCGGUUGUCGAAUCGUCUAUGUAAUAUUUCCUAUAUCAUAAUUGUAAGAUCGUAAUAAAUCAGCGUUAAAAAAAAGAUGUAUCAAGUUUGUGUAGAAAGUUUUGAACUGGGAAUUAUAUUGUUACAUAUAUAGAAUGGUUCUAAAAAUCAGUCUAGGCAAUGCGAAGAUUAUUUUAGCCGAAAUGAUUUUCUAAAAAUCUAAAUUAUUUGAUUCAAAUCAUUUUUCAGUUAUAAAUCGGUUUAAAUGAAUCUAAAUUAAAAUAAAUCUAUUAAAUUAAACUCAAAACUAAAAUAUUUUAUAAAUAUAUAUAUAUAUAUAUAAUAAAUAAAUAAUUUGUUAAUAUUUAAGUCUCCUCAAGGAUUAUUUGAAUAAUCUGUCUAAUUACUAUUUGCAGUGCCGGCUCCGACGGAAAGCACAUCAAGCAGCAACUUCUGGCCCAUCCAAAAAAUUUAAAAAACCAGCUUUCUAAAAACAAAUUGUUGAUAUAUAUAUAUAUAGGUACUUUAGUUAAAAAUUAUAUAAAAUGGGCUAAGUUUUAGAAAGUUGCUUGUGGCAUUUUCCAUGUCAGGACCGGUACUGAAAGUACCUAGUUACUAGUAAUUUAUUGAACAUUGACUAAAGCUAUUCAUAUUGUAAUUUAACAUAAUGUAAUGCAUUAAAGAACAAUGGAACCUUCCUUUAAAGUAGAAUAAAAAGUUCAAGAUUAAUUGACCUUAUUUUUAGUGAUUCACAUGUUAAAACGUCUUUGAUUCAUAGCCAUUGCUUUAGAAAUAUCUCAUGAAUCUCGUCGGUCAAGAAAUGAGUGGCACAUAUCUUUAAGGUCUAGGCGGGAACGUUUCGGACAUUCAGAUAGGUUAGUUAUUCGUUAGCUGCUUCAUCGCAAAACGACAUCGGCUUAGUAAAGUUCGUUUUUUUUAUUGGGCCGUACUCUGUAGAGCUACCACCCAAAAACGUUUUUUUUCGGUCAAGCAACAUGCAUAUGUGCUUCUUCUUUUUUAUACAUGAUUUUAACAUCAUGUAUCUUCCUUUUUUAUUUUUUUGCAACUAUGUAUUUUCCUUAUUUCUAAGAUAUAUAUAUAUAUAUAUAUAUUUGAGCCUAUAAAAAAUUAACAAAUCUAAUAGAAAAGAGUGAUGUAUCCACGCCAAAAAAUGAUUAUAUAUUUCAAGAUUCAUCCCCUCUUGUGGUAUGGAUGUCCGAAUGGACAAUGACUCAUCUGGAUUGACUCAACAUACUUUAUAUUUUUAAUAAAAUAUAUGAGCUUUUUUAUUUGUCUCUAUCCAUUGCUAAAUGAGUUCUUCAUAGAUUGAAUAUAAAUUGUUUAACUUUAUACUCUGCUUGGACCGUAACUAGAGUCUCUAUUAUUUUUACUUGAUCAUUUAAACAGUGGUUUUCAAAAUUUUAUAGAAUAGGGUAGAAACAUUUAGAACGGUUUAGAAAGAUAUAGAGAGUGUGAAGGAUCUCAGCAGGGGAAAAGACAAAGAAGAUAAAAAGAGGAAAGGGACAGAUGAGGUGGUCAUGAUAUUAAAAAUCUAAUUGAACAAGGGGUCACUAAAGUACAAAGAAAUUAUAAAUAAAAGCUGUUUUCCAUAGAUGUUGACCCCUAAACCCUAAUGCUUCCAAAUAUCCUUUAUGUUGUUUUUCUGGCAGGAAACACUUUUAUUUGAAAACCACACGUAUUUUCGUAUAUUUUUGGCAGGAAACACUUUUAUUUGAAAACCAUAAUUUUUUUUUUUGAAAAAAUCAUAAGUAUUUUCUUGAAUUUUAGUGAUAGAAAUAUCUCUGAAAAUUCAAGGAUCUAUAACUAUUUAAAGAUGUUUAUCAAAUUAGGGGAAAGUACACGUUUGAAACAAACAUAUCAAAGUAUAACAUUUAAUCAAUUAAAUUUAAAAAAAAAAACUCAGUCGAUUAUCAUAUAUGUCUACCCCGAGGUAGUAAAAUUUUCCGAGACAUGAGGCCUUCUAUAUAUACCAAAUAACCAAAAUACUAUAAAAACCUCAGUAAUCACAGAAAUUUCUAAAAAUAGAAAUGUACAUCAGUAUCAAAAGAAGAAAAUAAAAAAAUACAAAACUAU